GUCCUGCAGAAACACACUUAUUGCGCGCUGAAGACUCAGUCACGCACAUGUAAAAAAAUGAAGUCCAUGUUUUUGCUCUUUUUCAUCAUUUGGUUUGCAGAUGCUGAGCUGAAACCCCGGAAAGGCUCCGGGGUGGCGUGUACUUUUAAAGACAAGACAUACAGUCCAGGAGACAGCUGGCAUCCCUAUCUGGAGCCUUUUGGAUUCAUGUUCUGCAUGCGCUGUAUCUGCACAGAGACAGGCCAUGUGAAAUGUAGCACAAUCAAGUGUCCUGCGCUGCCAUGUGAAAACCCAAUAGCUGAGCCGCAGCAGUGUUGUCCAAGAUGCACAGAUGAGCCCAGGAUCCCUGCAGGACUGAGAGCUUCAGUGAAAUCCUGCAGGUAUAAUGGGAGUAUUUAUCAGCCAGGGGAGACCUUCACUAAACUCGACCUCUUCCCAUCCAAGCAAAGCAAUCAAUGUGUUAUGUGCACAUGCUCUAAUGGAAACAUCUUCUGUGGUCUGAAAACCUGCCAACCAAUCGCCUGUCCCUCCCCAAUCUCAGUCCCAGAUACGUGCUGUUUGGUGUGUAAAGAUCACAGCACCAGUGGGUCCUCAUCAACUGAGGAUGGAAACCAGCAACUGAACCGAGGCGUUAGGCAUUCAGUCGACCAGUGUUCCGGAGAGCAGAGCAGGGCGCGGUCCGACCGUGCCACUCCGCCCAGGGUCAGGACUUCUCCCAGAGGCCUGAGCCUCAGUAAACUUAACCUCAAAGGGGCUUCAGAGACCACUGUGAAGAUUUUGUUGCAGAGGAAACACCAAAGAGCGUGUUUAUACAAUGGCAAGACGUACUCUCAUGGAGACAUGUGGCACCCAGUUUUGGGAAAGGUCCUGGAAUGCAUCCUGUGCACUUGUACUGAUGGCCUCCAGGACUGCAAACGCAUCACGUGUCCCAGCCAGUACCCAUGCCAACAUCCUUUGAAAUCAGCAGGAAAGUGCUGCAAGACGUGUCCAGAAAGUAAAGCUGACAGUAACCAGACCCAAUGUUAUCUCGGAUAUAAAAAUAACCUCUUGGUGUAUAAAGUCGACUCGUCUUUGAAAGUUGACCAACCCAACACAGUGAGGAUCAUCGUUGUUGAAAGACAAAGUACUGCAGAGGUUGAAGUGCAAGUAUGGAAGACUGUAGAAGGUGUUUUACAAUUAAUGGAGAUUGGUGACGUCCAAAGAAAAGAUAUUGUGGAUCAUCCAGAAAAUUACACAUUACUUACAACACUUGAUGAAGAAACGUGGAGAAAAUUUAAAGAGGAAGGAGAAAAUCUGAGCACAGCCUCUCAGACCACAAUCUGUGAAGACGGUAUUCGGGAGAUGGUGACGUUUCUAAAUCCCAAGCAGAUAGAAGGCCUGUGUUCACCCUGAUGGUUUUUGCUCCAUUGACACUCUUUAAAUCAAUAUUCCCAGUAAAUACGUGGUUAAGUUACAGUACAUAUUCUAUUCAUACAUGUUGCACUUGUCCUGCGUCAUUCCUGUAAUACAAUGUGGAAUUUCUCAAUUAUAAUAUUGUUUGUUGAUCGAUACCUUGGUGUCCGUCACAUUUUAAUCAUCACAUAUUUUUAUACAUAAAUUAUUACAGGCUAUAGCAGUGUUUGUCACGGAGUAUAGAGACCAGCGCUCAGAGCGGGAGAUUGGGUUGAGACUUUGUUGACUCAGUGUUUUGGACGCCAGUAUUCCUCAAACCAUAUGAGAAUAAUCUGUUUGUAGAAAAUGUCGGACAUGUUGUUGUUCAGAAUGUGAAGGGUUUUUAAAGGAUGUUAUAUGAUCAUCAACAUAUUUAUUGUAAAUACAAUCUGAAGUUUGUCACUUUAUUUAAAGUAUAAAGGUUCUUGUAUGAUUUCUGUAUAUACAUUUGACUGUCUGAAUGUUUUUAAGCCAGCCAGCGUAGACACAGCAGUGUAUUUGUUAAUAAGAAAACAGCCUUCUCAAUUUCUCUGAUGUCAAAAUACAGACCUACUGUAGCUAUUUUUUACGCAGCCACAGGAUUCGGGUUGUUAUCAUAGCCUAAUGACAUUCUACAACUCCACAUACCAGAAAUAUUUGUAUUUUUAAGUGGUCAUGUAGCUGAACGCACUCUGUACCUCUGCUCACAAUUUUAACACAUAAAGUUUUUUUCAGUGUUUUACGCUAGUAAA